AUGUGCACUCAGGCAUGGAUGCAGGGAGACCUCACGAUUUGCCAUGAAAUCUUGGCGGAGAUGUCCAAUAUCUGUUCCAGUCUAGCUGUUAGUGCCAGCAACAGUCUUGAACGCAAAUCUGGCCGGCCUCUCGUAUUCGACUGGGUCCUGCUAAUCAUAUUCGAGCUUUUGGGAACAUGUCCAAACUUCUCCGGUCAGGAGAUACAAGGACUGACUCGACAGCUGGUGGUGGAGCGAGCGAAUUUGGACAAAUAUUCUCAGUCUUGGACUGGUUUCAUUUCGAUAUCUGGUCAAUCUAAACAACUUCUGAUAGCCAGCAUCGCACCCAAUCAGACUCUUCAGCCCAGUCCAACUGUCUUGACCGUUCUCUUUGCACCAGCUUCGCUUAGUCCCCCAUCGCAUAGACAUGACAUGCUGAUACAGAUCUCAUGCCGCCCCAUACACCUGCCCAUGCAAGGCAAUAGCUGCGCCGUUGAGUGGUGA